AUGGCAAUUGACGAAGAAAGUGGCCCAGGGGUCGACCCAAAAUCGCCUGGUGAGAAGGCUGCAUUAGACGUGAGCUCAAAUGACACACCCGAUCAGCUUACAGCGGACCCGAAACACAAUGGGAUACUUGCAAGGCUCCGCAACUUGGAAGCUCGUAUGGACGCGAAACUCGGAAUCGAGUCUGAAGCUAUUGUUCGUAAACGUGCGGAAGAUAAGAAGGAUGUAUCCUGGACGGAGGAACUUACAAUGGCUCUGCUAUGGGCUAGCGGAACCAUGAACACUUCCUGUUUCGCGACGGGCUUUUUGGGAUGGGGAUUUGGACUCAGCUUAAAACAAGCCAUUCUAAUCACCAUAUUCGCCUCAAUUCUCGGCGGUGUAGUGACUGGUUACUGUGCGACAUUUGGGGCAGCCACGGGAUUGCGGCAGAUGAGCGUGAGCCGAUACAGUUUUGGGUGGUGGCCGAAUAAGGUCAUCGCGGCUCUGAAUUGCGUCCAGCAAAUGGGUUGGGCGGCGGUUUCUUGCAUUACAGGCGGCCUUGCAUUGACUGCCGUUUCAGACGGCCACGUUUCCUUGGUCCUUGGCAUCAUCAUCCUCGCCGUGGUGGCCCUGCUCAUCUCAUUCAUUGGUCUCAAUGCCAUCUUGGUCUACGAACGAUAUGCCUGGAUUAUCUUCUUCGUCAUUUUCCUCAUCAUCUUUGGCGAAACUGGCAAAUAUGCAGACAACACGACUCCCGCGUCCAUCACGGGCACCACUUUGAGCGGCGUGGUUCUUAGUCUCAUAGCCAUUGUGUAUGGUUCAAGCGCUGCUUGGUGCACCACAGCCAGCGACUACUAUGUUCAUUAUCGCGCCGAUGUCAGUCGUGUCAAGGUGUUUCUCAUGACAACUUUUGGCAUCGCGAUCCCGACUUCUAUUGGCAUGCUGGCAGGUUGCGUGGUGGCUUCUGCUCUCAAUAAUCAGCCGCAAUGGCACGACACCUACAAGAACGACGGGCUGGGCUAUCUUAUCCAAGAUAUGCUCUAUCCCCGAGGCUUUGCCAAGUUUCUCCUUACACUGCUGGUCUUGUCUGGUAUCAACACCAACGUUAUUAGCAUUUACAGCGCGUCGCUUUCAUUUCAGCAGCUGGCACGACCGCUGGCCUUGAUCCCCCGAUUCAUCUGGACGAUUGUGUCGUUUGCGUGCAUUCUUGCGCUGGCAGUAGGUGGCCGAGAGGAACUCAACACGUACCUUCAGAACUUUCUUAGUCUACUGGGAUACUGGUGCACAAGUUACGGUAUUAUUUUAUUCGAGGAGCACUACAUUUUUCGCAAGGGCAAGUUUGAGAAUUACGACCUUGAGGGCUGGAAUGAUCCUGCGAGAUUACCGUUGGGCAUUGGAGCGACGGUUGCGUUUGCGCUGGGUGUGAUAUCAUGGUGUAUGGGGAUGAAUCAGACGUGGUUUGUUGCGCCGCUGGCUAGAAUUAUUGGUGACAUGGGCGGCGAUGUUGCGAAUGAGUUGACGUUUGUGGUGACGGCGUUGGGGUAUUUGCCUGCGAGAUAUUUGGAACUGAAGUACUUUGGUCGUUGA